GGAUCCAAAAAAUAAAAGGCCUUCUGGAAAAAAAGACAAUAUCUACUCAGCCACAUGGUAUCUUCUCGAAUGUUGGGUGCUGGCGGUGCUAACGGAAGAAUGCGCGGACAUGUCUCGCUUCCACUUCAACAAUGCCGCCAUCGUGUAGUAUAUUUCUGGGCAGAAGACGCCCCUGCAAUGACCAGGACUCAAUGAAUCCACGCACAAUGCGCUGUCGCAGCCGUCUACUAUCCUCAUUAUCUCAACCGCUCUGCCCCAGCCUGGCUGCGCCCAAGCGCAGUAGGGUUCCCCGGGGUUGGGUGACCGCCAGCCAGGGUUCAGCAAAAGUGCGGGGGAGAAGGCAAUUGAGCAGAAUGGCGGGUAUUUUGCUGGCAAAGCGACAGGCGAUAGCUGAUCAGUGGGAGGCUGAGCUGCAUAAAAUGAGCCGCUGCAUGGCUGCGGGUGGAGACUGUCCGACCACCCGGAUUGCAGGCGCCAUCAGCAUCAGCAGCAUCAGCAGCACCAGCGGGCAUCGCCAGGAGACCUGGCGGUCGAGGGGCGGUUGCACGCUUCAGUCUCUGGGACGCAGGUGUCACGAGCCGGGCAGCAGACGGGCAGCAGCACUUGUCCAAUGACGCAACCUCCACUGAACCAUAGCAAUGAGCUCGGUGCGAUUUGCAGCCAGGCCUGCGAGUCAGGGGUCAAGCCAAAUUCUGAAACACCAGAUUGGAUGACUGAACCGCCCGACGAGCUCGCCUGUUUUUCGCUUGUUGGG